CUCCAAAACAAAAGCGAUUAGUCAUACGAGAGGAAGUGGAACUGGAAGUACCUGUGCGAAUGUCUCGAGGUCAAAACAAAAAAUAGUGAUAGUAUACUUUGUGCAUGGUCCACCCGGACAGCGAAUCGACUUUCCUGGCGCUGGAUUCAGGAAUCUGGACUUAUUUGCGCGUGGAAGAAAUCUGUAUUCGUCAUCAAACGUCAACAUCCCACCGCAAAAUCGCUAGUGUUUGGAGGGGAUUUUAACCUCCAAAUCAUCACCUCCAAGUUAGUUCUAAUACACUCCGUUAUAUGAAAUAUGGUGGCGCGUCGAUCGUCGCAAGUAUAUCGUUAAACAGUCAAUCGGAGCAGUAACAAAGCGCUGAUUUGAAAUGACGCAGAAGCAGCGACUAUUGGUAGAUUCUUCCGACGACGAUAUUAGCGAUAACGAGUCUCGUCCAGGGAAUGGGAAUCUUAUCAUCAACCUGGCGCCAGAGGAAGGCGAUCCCGAUGGGGCAGGUAAUGGUGCGAUGCCCAACAAUCAGCCAGUAUUCAGUUUGAGGCGGCGGAAACGCGGACAGUCACAGUACGAGAGUCUGGACUACGAUGUGUGCGAGAAUGUCCUGUGGACAGAGGAGCAUCAAAAGAUCGAACAGCGCACCACCGUGCGGAAGGACUUUGCCCGAUGGAUCAUCUCGAUGCAGAUCGGCAUCGGGACGGCCCUGGUGGCCUGCGGGAUCAACAUCGUCAUCGAUCAGAUGUCGUUCCUGAAGUACUCGUUUCUGAAACGUGAGGUCGAUCAGAACGUGCUGAACGGCGAUCUCAGCAUUCCCUACCUGUACUGGGUAUUGACCAAUGUGGUUCCGGUGAUGGUGGGGGCCACGUUGGUGGCGUACGUGGAGCCGGUGGCGGCUGGGAGUGGAAUACCGCAGGUGAAGUGUUACCUGAACGGGGUGAAGAUUCCGCGAAUCGUUCGGAUCAAAACGUUGGCCGUGAAGGCUGUGGGCGUGGUCACUUCGGUUGUGGGUGGACUGGCCGGUGGUAAGGAAGGGCCGAUGAUUCACAGCGGAGCGGUUAUAGCUGCUGGACUGUCCCAGGGAAAGAGUACAACAUUCCGGAGGGAUUUGAGGAUAUUUGAAUACUUCCGGGAUGAUCACGAGAAGCGUGAUUUUGUGGUUGGCGGUGCGGCGGCUGGCGUGGCUGCGGCUUUCGGAGCUCCGAUCGGUGGUAUUCUCUUCUCACUGGAGGAAGCGGCCAGUUUCUGGAAUCAAUCGCUGAUCUGGAGAACCUUCUUCGCUUCCAUUAUAAGCUCUUUCACGUUGAACAUUGUCCUCUCCGCGUACCACGGUCUAAGCAGCUUCCGAUACCGAGGUUUGUUCAAUUUGGGCGAAUUUGAACCGCUGCCUUUCGAGUACUAUGAACUACCGAUCUUCAUCUUGAUGGGUGUGUUCGGUGGUAUGUCCGGUGCCUUCUGGAAUUGCGUGAACAACCGGAUCAACAUCUUCCGGGCUCGGUACAUCAAAUCACGAUGGGCUAGAGUGCUAGAGGCGGCCUUUGUUGCGGCCAUCGGGGCUACCGGUGCAUGUGCGAUGGCCUACUCGAUCAACGACUGCCGUCCGCUUGGCAACGAUCCUACACUGACUCCUGUCCAGCUGUUCUGCGAAGAUAACGAAUACAAUGCAGCUGCAGCGCUCUGGUUCCAAACUCCGGAGGCAACGGUCAAGGCCCUGUUUCACGAUCCACCCGGAUCGCACAAGAUUCUUACGCUGGCAGUUUUCGUCCUGAUCUACUAUCCGCUGUCCUGUGUGACCUAUGGCCUGAGCGUUUCGCUGGGUAUUUUCAUUCCGACGUUGUUGGUCGGUGCGGCCUGGGGCCGAUUGACCGCAUCAUUCGUGGUUCUGGCGUUCCCCGGAUCAAGUAUCUUCGUCCACCCGGGCAAGUACGCAUUGAUAGGAGCAGCCGCUCAGUUGGGAGGUGUCGUCAGAAUGACACUGAGUUUGAGCGUAAUCCUGUUGGAAACGACGGGAAACAUCGGUUUCGUGCUGCCAAUCAUACUCACGUUGAUGGCCGCCAAGUGGUGCGGAGACUACUUCAACGAAGGCGUAUACGAUAACCAGAUCAAGGCGUCCAAGGUACCGAUGUUGCCUUGGCACGUAGAUCCAUCGCUCCGGCAGAAUAUCGCCGAAGAUAUUAUGAAUCAACCGGUAGUUUGUGUACGCCGCAAGGAGAAAGUGAACUACAUUAUCGAUAUUUUGAAGAACACCACGCAUAACGGAUUCCCUGUCGUCGAGGACGCCGAAGAUGGAGUCCGGGAGAACGGGAAACUGAUUGGCCUCAUCCUGCGCUCCCAGCUGGUGGUUAUUCUAAUGCGAAGCAUGUACAUCGAAACGAGUCGAUUCUGGAGAGAUCUUGUAACGAUCCAAAGCUUCAGAAAGGAAUAUCCCCGAUAUCCCACCAUUGAGGACCUGAAAAUCAGCGAGGACAAAACCCUGCGCAACUACACCGUCGAUAUGCGCCUUUUCAUGAAUCCCUCGCCGUACAGCGUUAACCUGAAGACAUCAGUUCCCCGCAUCUUUCAACUGUUUCGCGCGUUGGGCCUGCGGCACCUGGUCGUUGUGACGCGAGAAAAUCGCAUCCGUGGUAUCAUCACUCGGAAGGACUUCCUCCCGGAGCUGUAGAUACCAAUGAGCCAAAGAUGCCAUUUGGAAGAGAAUGUGAUUCUCACUCGUUAUUUUAAGUUUUAACACUUUGAUUCGUUAGACAUUCGACACAUCCGUCUUCCCUUAUUUUUCCGAUUUUAGUUUAUUAAUAAGUUUGUAGGUGUAAUCAAAGCAAGACUGGUAUGUGUUAUAAACCUACAAAUCAUUCAAGUGCCGAUCGUCACGCGAAGCGCGAACCGAAUUGUAUUUUAUUAGUAGUCACGAGAUUGAACUCGAAUCGAUUCGUUUUAGUAAAUCAAUCCAAAUACAAAAUGUAAAUUUGAUUCUUA